UGGAUAUUUCGUGUGUCAUUGUGUUUGAGAGCCCCCCGCAGAACCUGUUACAGGUGUUCCGGAGCGGCCAUAUCAGUUGUUACGCGCUUCAGUCAUUUUUUCUGCCCCAUUCUCUCGAAAUCAUGAUGUUACGAUGAGGAUCCCCACCGCAGCUUCAUUGUGGCCGAUGAGGCAAUUACGUGUGGUCCAUCAAAGAACAAUGCCACCAACUGCUGCACACUACCACGCGGAAGAUCACAAUGACCAACGGAUGACCAGAUAAAAACAGAAGACCGCGACUAUUAUGUAAGGGAGAAAAAAGUGAAAGUCAUCCACAAGGCAAUUAAGACAGCUUUCUAAAAUAGUUCCGUUAAACUGUUAAAAUUAAUCAACAAACCCUAUAGAAAAGCUUAAUAUUCUAUCUAAACUACGUUAAAACUUAGGCUAAAUUUGCGUUACUCUUAAAAAUAGAAGAAUUGAGUAUUGAAUUGAACUCGUGUAUAUCAAAUUGUAAUAGCAAGGUAAAUACGCUGAAAUAACUAUUUAGUACGAUAUAAUUACAAAGUAAUCUUAUAUUUAGGCCUAAGUGCUACCACAUGCAAAUUGAAUCUAACUAGCGUUUCAAGAUCAAUCGUCAAGAGCUGUAAGUAUCAUUAAGAUCGUUGUUCAUGUGUUCAGAAUUUCAAUGAGUCGAUUUUAUGCAGCCGAUAGUACAGAGUGGUCCGAAAGUUUGGUGCCGUGAUCCAAAACGAAAGGUGUUCCACCAAAAAUUGUGAGUUUUAAAAACUUAAGAAACUAUGAACAAAUUAAUAAUAAAAACCACUUUGCAGCUUAUAGCUAACCACCAUAAAACCUGGUUUGCUGAUAGACUUUGGGAAGCACCCGUACAUUUCUAUAAGAAUUUUUGUACGUGGAUAGGCGCGAUGACUGGAGGUCACGAUACGACGAUGUCGAGCUGCAAAACUUGCAAACGUCCGGACUCGGCCGAUGCCCAGAUGGUUGCCUGCGACAAGUGCCAGCUGUGGGAACACUUCACGUGUGCAGGCGUAGAUGAAACCGUCAAGGAUCGGCAGUACGUAUGCAAGGAUUGCAUGACUAAGGUGAGUGCAGAUAAGUCCAAGCGCGGGAAGCAGCUGAAAGCUGACAAUCGGUCCGCCAAAUCCGGCGGAAGAUCAGCUUCGAGAAAGGGCUCGAAAGUUCCCUCAAUCCCGGCGAGCCAAACAUCCAGUGCUCGCGCAGCUGCCCUGGAAGCCCAAAUGAAGCUCAUCGAGGAAGAGAAGGCGAUGAAGGAGCAGGAGCUGAAAGAACAAGAUGAGCUGAAAAGGUGGGAACGGGAAGAAGAACAGCGCCAGCUCGAGGAGAAGAAGCAGUUAAUGGAAGAACAACGAAGACUUCGCCAGCGAGAGUUGGAAGAGAAACGGACGUUGUUGGCGAAGCAGCAAAGUAUCCGGAGGGAAUCAGUGGAGAAAAAGCAUGAAUUAAUCAAACGGAUGUCGGAGGCCGGUAGCGGAUGCGGCAGCAGUUCGUGCUCGAUCCCUGAUUCACGAGAGAAAGUGAAGAGCUGGCUAGCAGGUCAAAAUCCUGACGGAAGAUCUUUGGGAAAGAUGGUGGAGGAGCAGAAAGCAAAUACAGGCCUUCACCCGACGGCUCCCCAAGACCCGUUGGCAUUCCAACUACCCCCAUCGCAACACAGGGUUGUACAGCUCACGCAAGCGGAUCAUCAUUUGCAGAAAAGAAGCCAGCCUCAAGGACUGCAGCAAGUUCGCUCCGAAAUAAUCGUUCAGCCGUUUCAGCAGUUUGUAGCGAGUUCCCAGCCUCAACUCCAACUGAAACAACGGACAAACCAGUCCACGCACCAGCAGAUGUACCAGCCCAUUUGCCGGUCAUUGCAGCAAACCCAACAGUCAGUUCAAUCACGCCAGCCUCCUCCACUGCAGCCAACGGGCCGUCCAUUGAUACAGCAGCAAUCAGACGGCAUGGUUGCCCAUGGCACACCGCCCGAGCAGCAGUAUGGCGGACAUAAUCAGCCGGAUGCGAUGCGGCCUUCGGUGAUAAUCGAACAACCAUUUCGACACUAUGCAGUGAUUCCCGAGUCAAGCUGCCCAGUGAACUCUCCUCAGUACCACGGUCACUCGAAUCUGCGAGAAGAUUGGCAGUCCCAUCGACGCCAACAGGACAUCGUGCCCUUGCAAGAUCUAACUCAGCAAGUGACCAUAGCUGAACAGCCCGUCGUUCUUCACUCGCAGCAGCUCGCAGCACGGCAGGUAGUUGGGAAACAGUUGCCCCGAUUCGACGGCAACCCAAUUGACUGGCCCAUGUUCAUCAGUAGCUAUGAACAGUCUACUACUGCUUGUGGCUACUCGAACGCUGAAAAUCUAAUUCGGCUGCAGCAGUGUCUCACAGGACACGCAAAGGAGUCAGUUUGUAGCAAACUUCUGCUACCAGAAAGCGUACCCCACGCCAUUGAGACGCUUCGCAUACGCUACGGGCGACCGGAGCUGCUGCUCAAAUCACUCCUUGAAAAGGUUCGGCGUACAUCAGGACCGAGGCAAGACAAGUUGGAAACAGUGAUAGAAUUUGGAUUGGCAGUCGGGAAUUUCGUCGACCAUCUCCGGGCGGCGCAGUUGCAGCAACAUCUCUCCAAUCCCAUGAUGAUGCAGGAGUUAGUUGACAAGCUUCCAGGUUCCAUGAAAAUGGAGUGGGCUACCUUCAAGAGUCAGCAACCGCUGGCUAAUUUGGAAACUUUCGGGCUCUUUAUGGAAAGACAAGUCAAUGCGGCGAGUGAGGUGAGCUUCGAGCUUCCUAUGCAGGAGAAGCCGUACAAGAACGAAAAACAAAAAGGGAGAGAUAGUGCCGGCAUCCAUGCACAUUCGCAAGGUGAUGGUCCAAGUAGUAAGUCUUCGAAUCCAGCAGGACAGUCUCGAAAACCGACAAAAACAUGUGGCAUCUGUACUCGCGAAGGCCACAGAGCGGCGGAUUGCUCUCAGCUUAAAGAGCUGAAUAUUGACGAGCGAUGGAAGGCAAUUCAAAAGAAGGGCCUUUGCAGAACCUGCCUAAACAGUCACGGGAAAUGGCCUUGCAAGUCAUGGCAAGGCUGUGCGGUGGAUGGAUGUCGUCUGAAACACCAUACUUUGCUUCAUUCACCUUCGCCGACUCAUCACGUUAACUUCUCAUCUAUCCACUCGUCGCCACCGAAGGCACUAUUCCGUAUACUACCAGUCAACCUGUAUAACGAAGGAAGAAGCGUUUCAGUGUUCGCCUUUAUCGACGAAGGGUCAGAAAUCACCCUGCUGGAAGACAACAUCGCGAAGCAAUUAGGUGUGAAAGGUCCCGUCAAAGCUCUAACUCUUCAGUGGACGGGCAACAUGAAGAGGGACGAGUCCAAAUCGCAGGAGGUAGAUUUGGAAAUAUCAGGGAAGAUUGGCUCCAGUAAGUUUGAUCUUCGUCACGCCAGGACCGUCAGCUGCAUGUUUUUACCCAGCCAACGAUUGAACUACGGAGAACUGACACAGCGUUUCCCACACCUCAGAGGUCUACCGAUGGAGAGCUAUGAAACCGUUCAACCGAAGCUUCUGAUAGGUCUGGACAACCUUCGCCUCGGCGCACCGUUGAAACUUCGCGAGGGAGAACCGAACGAUCCCAUUGCAGCUAAGUGUCGUCUAGGGUGGACUGUUUAUGGGUGCACCGGUGAAAGAGGCAAUAACACCGCUGUCGUGAACUUUCAUACGGCAGAGGCCUCCAGCGAAGAACAUCUGAUGAGCGAGCAAUUACGAGACUUCUUCACCAUGGAGAAUGACGGAAUCUCAAAUAACAUAGAACACAUAGAUUCGGAAGAAGACAAACGAGCGAAAAGAAUACUCAAGGAGACUACACGACGAGUUGGAGACAGAUUCGAGACAGGACUUCUGUGGCGAAUGGACAAUCCAGCUUUUCCCGACAGUUAUCAGAUGGCGAUGCGGCGUGUUAUAAGCCUGGAACGGAAGUUUGCGAAGGAGCCAUCGUUGGAAGAACGCGUCCGUGAGCAGAUCUACGACUACGAGCGAAAAGGCUACGCACAUAGAGCUACGCACACCGAACUCAACAAUGCAGAUCGGAAUCGAAUGUGGUUUCUCCCCCUAGGAGUGGUUCACCAUCCGAGAAAGCAGAAGGUUCGACUCAUCUGGGACGCCAAAGCUACGGUGCAAGGGGUUUCUCUCAACUCAAGGCUGCUGAAAGGUCCUGACCUACUAACACCUCUAUUAGCGGUGCUGAGUUCGUUUCGUCAAUUUCCCGUAGCCGUAGCUGGGGACAUUAGAGAGAUGUUCCAUCAAAUACAGAUCAGGGAACAAGAUCGGCUCUCUCAAUGCUUCCUUUGGCGAGAUCACCCUACCGAGGAGGCACAGAUCUACGUUAUGGAUGUUGCGACGUUCGGCUCCACCUGUUCGCCCGUUUGUGCCCAAUUCGUUAAGAACCUUAACGCCGAAGAGUUUUCCGAGCGAUAUCCACGAGCUGCGACCGCUAUUACCAAGCAUCACUACGUGGACGACUACCUGGAUAGCUUCCAGACGGUUCAGGAAGCGGUAGAAGUCGUGAAUGAGGUGAAACACGUCCACUCAAGAGGCGGGUUCGAGCUUCGCAACUUCCUAUCCAACUCCGCAGAAGUACUGACAGCUAUCGGUGCAGAAUCAGGGGAUACAGUGAAGGAAUUGGCUUUGGAUAGAGGAGAGAAUACGGAGUCGGUGCUGGGGAUGAAAUGGAUGCCCAACCUGGAUUGUUUCACGUACACGGUGAAUCUCCGAGAAGAUCUGCGCUUCGUCCUCGACGAUGAACACAUUCCCACCAAGCGGGAAAUACUGAAGGUUGUGAUGAGCCUAUUCGACCCUUUAGGUCUGAUUUCAUUCUUCCUCAUCCCAGGAAAGGUCAUUAUCCAAGGGAUUUGGGCUUCCGGAUUAGGCUGGGACGAUCCAAUCAGCGAACCAUUUGUUCAACAAUGCCGACAAUGGGUGGAUUGCUUCGAUCAACUGGACAAACUAAGAAUUCCCCGGUGUUACUUUUCCGCUCCCUUCGCCAGUAGAAAAAGUCGGCUGGAGAUCCACGUUUUCGUAGACGCCAGUGAGUCAGCAUACUGCUGUGUCGUGUACUUCCGCUUAUUGAGCGAGAUCGGCAUCCAAGUGGCCCUAGUCGGAUCCAAAAGCAAGGUAGCACCACUCAAGACCCUUUCGAUUCCACGCCUCGAGCUGAAGGCUGCUGUUCUGGGAGUUCAGUACUUGCAAUCUGUCAUGAGCAAUCAUGAGCUACCGGUGGCGAAGAGAUACUUGUGGACCGACUCAACUACAGUCUUGGCGUGGAUUCUAUCAGAUCACCGUCGAUUCCAGAAGUUCGUGGCAGUUCGUGUGGGCGAAAUUUUAAGUUUGAGUGAUCCCUACGAUUGGAGGUGGGUUCCAACGAAAGUCAACGUAGCGGACAAAGCCACGAAAUGGGGCAAAGGCCCUGAUUUCCAAACGCAGAAUCUAUGGUUUUGUGGUCCAGCCUUCCUUCGUCUCAACGAGGAACACUGGCCGGAACGUCGUCAAAAUGUAUCCACUCAAGAAGAGCUUCGUCCUGUCCAUACUCACUGGCCAGUAGUACCGUUCAUUGACGCCAGCAGAUUCAGCCGGUACGAGAAAAUGCAACGCGUCAUGGCCUACGUCCUUCGCUUUGUCGACAACCUGCAUCGCAAACAAAGUGGCGCAACUCUACAAUUCGGCAUGUUGAAUCAAGGUGAACUGAAGCGCGCUGAGGAAACCUUGUGGAAAGUAGCCCAGGCAGACAGCUUUCCUGAGGAAGUAAAGCUCCUCUCCACUACAAUGGGUUCACCGGACAUACGGCAUGCCUGCGUGUCCAAGUCAAGUCCAAUCUACAAAGUGUGGCCAUACCUAGACGACCUAGGAAUACUUCGGAUGCGUAGCCGAAUUGGCGCGGCUACAUUCGCACCGGUUGAGGCGAAAUACCCUGCCGUUCUCCCACGUCAACAUCCUAUCACCAAGCUCAUCACCGAUUGGUACCAUCGCCGGUUCCGUCACGCAAAUCGAGAAACCGUCGUAAACGAAAUCCGGCAGCGGUUUGAAAUAGCAAAACUGCGAAGUCUUGUCGAAAAGGUGUCAAAAGAAUGCGCUUUCUGCCGUGUGAAGAAAACCCGUCCAGAACCACCACCAAUGGCUCCACUCCCUCCAGCACGUUUGCAAGCAUUCGUCCGCGCGUUUACGUACGUGGGCGUAGAUUACUUCGGCCCAGUUCAUGUUAAAGUAGGAAGAAGUCAAGUAAAGCGCUGGGUAGCAGUAUUUACUUGCCUAACGGUUCGCGCGGUACACCUUGAACUUGUGCACAGCCUCUCCACCGAAUCAUGCAUCAUGGCUGUACGCCGGUUCGUCGCACGCCGUGGUCCUCCAGCUGAAAUCUACAGCGAUAACGGUACGUGCUUCCAGGGUGCAAGUAGAGACUUGAAACAGACAAACGAAGUGCUGGCGUCGACCUUCACGAGUGCCCAAACCAAAUGGUUGUUCAUUCCUCCGGCAGCACCCCACAUGGGCGGAUCGUGGGAACGUUUGGUACGGUCCGUCAAGGUUGCCAUUGAAGCCGUAGCAGAUGCUCCACGAAAGCCAGAUGACGAGACGCUGGAAACUAUACUAGUUGAAGCAGAGUUCAUCAUCAACUCGAGGCCACUCACCUAUAUUCCCCUGGAGUCGGCAGACCAAGAAUCGCUAACACCCAACCAUUUUCUGUUGGGUAACUCGAGCGGCCUCAAAAUUCCACCAUCAACGCCGACACCACAGCAAGGGGCCCUACGGAGUAGUUGGAAAUUGGCGCAAUCGAUCACCGAUGAUUUCUGGCGUCGGUGGGUGAAAGAAUAUGCACCUACCAUCGCCCGUCGUACCAAAUCGUUUGCGGAAGUACGCGAUCUGAAGGUGGGAGAUCUCGUUUUGAUAAUUGGAGGAACAGCACGUAAUCAGUGGAUCCGUGGACGUGUGGAAAAAACAGUACCAGGAAGGGAUGGACGAGUUCGUCAAGCACUAGUACGAACAGCAUCUGGAGUGUUCAGAAGACCUGCGGUGAAGCUGGCUCUACUGGACAUCGUAGGGAGUAGUGAACCUGACAGCUCUCAACAUAGUGGCUCCACAGAGGAACCAAGACUCCAUCCAGGUUCACGGGUGGGGGGAUGUUACGAUGAGGAUCCCCACCGCAGCUUCAUUGUGGCCGAUGAGGCAAUUACGUGUGGUCCAUCAAAGAACAAUGCCACCAACUGCUGCACACUACCACGCGGAAGAUCACAAUGACCAACGGAUGACCAGAUAAAAACAGAAGACCGCGACUAUUAUGUAAGGGAGAAAAAAGUGAAAGUCAUCCACAAGGCAAUUAAGACAGCUUUCUAAAAUAGUUCCAUUAAACUGUUAAAAUUAAUCAACAAACCCUAUAGAAAAGCUUAAUAUUCUAUCUAAACUACGUUAAAACUUAGGCUAAAUUUGCGUUACUCUUAAAAAUAGAAGAAUUGAGUAUUGAAUUGAACUCGUGUAUAUCAAAUUGUAAUAGCAAGGUAAAUACGUUGAAAUAACUAUUUAGUACGAUAUAAUUACAAAGUAAUCUUAUAUUUAGGCCUAAGUGCUACCACAUGCAAAUUGAAUCUAACUAGCGUUUCAAGAUCAAUCGUCAAGAGCUGUAAGUAUCAUUAAGAUCGUUGUUCAUGUGUUCAGAAUUUCAAUGAGUCGAUUUUAUGCAGCCGAUAGUACAGAGUGGUCCGAAAGUUUGGUGCCGUGAUCCAAAACGAAAGGUGUUCCACCAAAAAUUCUUAUAGCUAACCACCAUAAAACCUGGUUUGCUGAUAGACUUUGGGAAGCACCCGUACACAUGAAGAUUGAUACGUCGCACGGCAUGUUUUGGUUGCAAACCAGAAAUGUUCACCAUUACACCCCAGUGGAACCUGUGCUAGAUGUUCCGGGGUGGUCAUAUUAGUUGAUACAGACUUCAGUCUAUCAUUUCUGACUCAGUCAUUCGAAAUCAAGAAUAUUGAUAUGACACACGACAUGUUAAGGUUGAAAACCAAAAGGGUCCCCAAUGAGGCCCCGCGGAAUCUGUUACGGGGAUCUGGAUGGAUACUUAUUUAAAUCUGGUUAUCGCAGUUGUGUUUCACUGUUUGCAACAAAAAUUUCGCUGAAAAUCGAUGGUUCAAACACAAUAACAAACGAAAUGAUCACUUUAAGCCAUAUUGGCAACCCUGAGACCCCAACACAAUCCGGGAUAUCUCCGGAAUGGUUCCUGAUUUUACAUGGCCACUUUAAUAAACUAGCACCAAUUUAUGAUCGAUGGAGGGCGAGUUCAAAAAAAUUGAAUGAAAAUUGACGAAAGGCCAACAUUCCGGAAAUUAGUUAUCGGGGGUCGGUAAAAAUAAAUCCUUCUUCUUUCUUCUUUAAGGCUCUACGUUCCCACUGGAACUUGCCUCACCCCUCUUCAACUGAGUGUUCUUUGAGCACUUUCACAUUUAUUUGCCUACUAGGUAUUGCAUGAUGUUGUGAGGAAGGCGCAAUGAUACACUAUCUCUCAGUUUUUGGGAAAGCUUUAAAAUGUUCGUUUGUAAACUGAUAACAUAUGUUGUUAUCAUUUAAUAUUUAAGUUAUCGCGAUAAAGCAAAAUUAUACAGGGUGUUAGGUUCUUGAGUGCAAACUUUUUAAAGGGUGAUAGAGGACCAUUAAUGGUGAAAAAAAUUGUUCUACGCAUACGGUCAAAUCUCAACCGUUACGUAGUUAUUGAACGUUCCAUGUUUUUGACUAUUAUUGUCUUAACUGGCUAUAACUUGAAAAUGGUCAAACUUAUCGCAGUUUUUUUACCCUUGUUCGAAAGAUUAUUCAAUUUUCUAUCACAUGGCAUCUUUUGAUCGAUUGGUUUAGUUGAAGAACUAAGUUUUCUAGAACAACUAGCUCAAAAGGUGUGUUUUUCAUAUUUUUUUACAAUUAUCUGUAAAAAUGCGUAAUAAAUUGAAAUUCUUUCUUAGGCGAAGGUGUGGCCCCUGUUCCACUCUACAAUUCGUUCUUUGACAUCAAACUUCUACCUCUUAUCGUUUCCUUACAAUUUCAAUUCAAACAUCGCAUUGCAGAUCAUAAAUUUGCAACUGUACAAGUAAACACUGUUUUGUGCACUGUGCCGCUGGAUCAGACGCACGUUUAACAAUUCUAUAUACCAAAGAUCGUUUUAGUGGAGAAAUAAGUUUUGUUUCCUUGUCUGCUUAUUGUUCAGCUAUACUGUAAAAACGGUUCGCUCAUUUUAUGACAUAAAGACAAGUAUGAAAAUCGUGCUCUAUAUCUCUCCUAUGGUAAGUACGAUAAGUCUGAUGACCUGUUACUGUUGGAGAUCGACGGUAAUCUUAAUUCUAUAGAAUAACGGCAUCCCCGUGUCGAAACGUCGGGUGAAUAAUAAAACUCGUUUUUUGAAGCCUAAGACUGCGUAGCCGAUAAUCUGCGUAGCCUGAUAACCUUGCUUGCAGUUCGGUUACCUAAUAUUAAGCUUAGAAGAACGUUAAAAGUUUGAUAAACUUAUCGGCUAAGUGAUGUAAAAAAAUCAUUAUCAUAUUCAACAACCACUAUGGGGUAACUUGCAACAGGUAAAAUUAACAAAACGUUCUAUUAUUUACAUUCAUUUCACGUUGUUUCUGAUAGUAAUAAUCGAAAUGAUUCGUUGAUUAAUUACGUAACGCGCUAAAUUUCAAAUUUGAACUAUUUUUUACAUUUUUUUUUUGCAUGUGACCUCCAAAGGUUAAUAAGGACUGCCUUAUUUUGAAAUGUUAUUCAUGUUUCACUUUGUUGAAAGUUCAAUUCAGUUUAUGGGGGUUGUAAAAGAAUCACCAACAUCAAUUAUGAACUUAGAUGGAGUUAAUUAUUUCAGCUGAACGCCCAAAUUACCCGCUUUAAUAAUUACGAAGUUGAGAGAGUGUUUAAAUCAUGCUAUUUUAGCUGAAGUAGCCAAAUUACCUAAAGAUGACUCACUCUAUCUUUUCAAGCAAUAACAUUAUGCAUUGUUGAUAUUUUGUACUGUGUCUCAGUAUUGAGUCACGAGAUUCAUUUAUAUAUUUUACAUUUGAGGGAUAUGAAAAGAUAUACUCUCGCUUGUAAUAACAACCAGCCCUUCCAUGAAAAUUCAUACUUCAGUUGAUUAGUGUACAACUUCUCAAUGCAUUUGUAAAAUUGUGUGACAUAUAAUGUGUUAAUUUCGGGUCUUAUACUUAAAAGAAAAGCUCACAGCAGAAAGCGGACCACGAGGCGAAACCAACGCGAGACUGAUUGGAAGGAAAAGUAUCCUUUUUUGGUUAAGUCACUGUUUCGGAGCUUGCAUAAAUACGUCCACUUCGUUCGGUGUCAGAUGUAGAAGAGAGCCCGACAGUCGUCGGAUUGUUUAUUCAAAACUUCGUGCUAUUAACAUUUGACAGAGAUCGAAUGCACUCUAAAUCCAAACAUAUGACAUAAUUUUACUUUAUACACGUUUUACUUUUAUAGUAGUCACUCUAAAAAUAUUUCAAUUGGCGGACACAACAUAAUGCUCAUAAUUUAUUCUUAAAUCACUUAACGUAAUUUACAGCUCUUUUUGUCCACUAGGGCACUGCGUGAGCGAUUUCAAUUGGCGACUGCACUUACACUUGAGUACAGUGCAUGUAUUCUAUUCUAAUUCGAACUGGUUGCCUUUUGCGCUGUUGUCACUUUUCUACCCUAUCCAUGGUAGAAUGAUGAGCACGAGGAUUUCAUGUGUGGCUCUUGUUCUUUUUCCAAUCCGAUUGGGGGUCCAUUAUGAGUUGCCGUUUAGCCGAUGUCCAAGUUUCCGGGUCAGUUAGAGCAUAUGCUCAGAAGAGGGUCAGGUAUCAGCCGCUAUCGGGGGGAAGAGCAACUGACGAAAAAAUGCAAGUGCCGGGGCUGGGAUCGAACCCAGAACAUCCACUUAUGAAGUGAACGUGCAGCCACUGCGCCACGGGCACCGGCUAAUGCACAUAACGUGGGAUAUAACAGAAUAUCAUGAAAAUUUCCAUUAUAAGUCAUGUAAUUCAGCAUGACUCACAGUGAUUACAUGACAUAUAACACAAAUUUACAUGAUAUAUCAUGUAAACCUAAAGCAAGAAAUUUACAUGACAAAAAACGAAGUUUAUUUGACGUGUAAACCUUAUUAUUUUUAUCUGUGUAUGUUGCCUAGACUGGCCCACAUUUGUGUGAGACGAAAAAAAAAUUUUCAAAAUUCACGGGCAUCCUCUAGAAUCGUGCUUUUGGAUGAGAAGAACGAUCUGUUAAAACUUCAGCUCAAUCGGUUAAAAACUGAGCUGGCGCAAAUGAGUUGAAGGUUUGUAUGGGAUGUUCAGUUCAAAUAUAUGGGAAAUUGGAUGACCUCCAGUCUCUGAUACGGCACGCUGGUUUGGCGAAUUCGAUUUGGCUCAGAAUUGAAGGAAUGAUAGUUGAGACCCUAAGGUACAACUUUGUAGAAGACCAUACCAUGAUAAAACUUAAUUUAGUUACGGUUUCAGCUAACGAAAGCAGGAUGUGGACAUCUUCCCCCGUUUACUUUCGAUUGUUACAUGCAGCACGUGUUUGCCGUUCGAAACCUGCACACUACAUCAUAGGCGGCUUUGAUGUCUUUCAUUAUUUCCAUUGCUCACGCACGUGAAAGGGUAUCGAGACAAUGAAGAAUUACAUCCCUAAUAAACCAACACCAUUCACGAACCGUAAUGUAGACGGUUCAACAAUAUCGCAUACUGUUCGAAGUGUAUCCCAAAUGGGUGGUUAAGCACAUCUUAUGGUUAUCGUUUAUGCGGGAUAGAUGUAGCGCACAAGCUUCGACCGACAAACACGUGCUGUAUAUAACAACCGAGAGUAAACGGGGGAAGAUGUUCACAUCCUGCUUUCGUUAGCUCAAACCUUAACUAAAUUAAGUUUUAACAUGGUAUGGUCUUCUACAAAGUUGUUCCUUAGGGUCUCAACUACCAUUCUUUCAAUUCUGAGCCAAAUCGAAUUCGCCAAACCAGUGUGCCGUAUCAGAGACUGGCGGUCAUCCAAUUUCCCAUAUAUUUGGACUGAACAUUCUAUACAAACCUUCAACUCAUUUGCGCCAACUCAGUUUUUAACCGAUUGAGCUGAAUCUUUCACACAUUGUUCUUCUCAUCCAAAGGUACGAUUCUAGAGUGUGCCCCGAGGAAUUUUUCGACAUUUUUGUAUUUGGGGCCAGUCUAAUGGUGUCAAGCUAUACAUUUCUGAUCCAUACCUUACUAAAUUUUCAACUUUUGAUCAGUAUUAUUGUUUCCCUAUAACCGAUAUAUCUAAUCUAUCCUGGUAAUUAUUGUCGAAUAACGCUCCCUACUCACCCAUUAACUCAGCUCUAUUGACCUACAAAAUGCUAGCACUUUUCAUUAUUAUUGAGGUAGGUUACAACUAUUUCAAUUGAAGCUUUUUUCAUCCACUACUGGCGCAUGGUAUAUAUUAUAUCUUCUCCAUUUCCUCCAAUUCGUCCGUCCUGCCAACCUCAGUAUAGUAUUUAUUUUCAUUCAAUGAUUCAUUCAUCACCCAAAGUAGUCUACAACCUGCAGUGUAGUUCAGGAAUAACCCGCAACCACGCAUCGAGCAACACAGCAACAGUAAGUCAUUGGUUGACUGCAUAGACUGCGACUCUAAUAGACCAACGGAGCACAGGUUAUUGCCCCACUUUGCACUACUACUGGGCCCAGUUAUAGUUAGGUAUAUGAAGAAACUCUUUUCCUGCAGUCACACUGUUUGGGUGGCGUAGCUUUUUAUGAAGUUUGUUGACCGGCGUUGUUCGUUGUGUGGACGGACGUCGCACGCGAUCAGUUCAAAACACAGCAAACCGCAGUCCGCAACCAGUAUGGUUGUGCCAAGCUCGAAAGUAAAUUAUACGUAUUAGGCGCAUACAAGUUGUAAGAAUUGGUCCUGCUAGUUUGCUUAUUUUUUCGGUGAACCCACGCACUCAACUACCUGGUUUGGUGUGGUAUGCGUUACUGGGCUAACGAGCAUGUGUGAUUGAAACCGGUACCCACCUCUUCUAUGUAGUAUCAUAAAAAACAUAAAGUGAGUUGUGGCGAGGGCAGUCUCUGUAAUCAUACCUAACCAAUGUUGUUGAUGCCGGCAUUUUUUUUAGGUAAAGUGUGUUACAAGCUGUAACAUUAAUUGAUGGUUGCAGCACUUCAUUAGCAUGGAUCCGAAUGAUACACUACAGCAGUCUCAAACUGUCAACAGUGUGUUCACCAACCAGCAUCGGACAACUUGAAUUUAAUCAUCGGGUUAGGUGGUUUGGCUUUUUAUAAGCAGAGUGAAACUAGCACCUAACUUGUAUUGGAGGAAUACAUAACCCAGCCACUGUUAAAGAAACACCAAGUCCUGAUUCUUUCCAUAAUGGAAAUUUACUUUAGUGUCUAAUCAGAGCUUUACGUCAGAAAAAGAGAAUCUGUCAUAAUGUCAAGGUGUAACGUGUAACAAUAAUUAAGUACAUAUUGAACUUUAUCUGUGGAAAUUUUGCGAAAACUAACAAAUAUAUGUUUUAACGAUUUUUCUGACAUCAUAAUAAAUUCUGUACUAGACUUACCUACGUUUGUAUGGUGUGAAAAAAUUGACUUAAUCAUAGCUGAAAAAUGCCCAAAAUCGGACCCCCUGUUAAAGUAGUUCACACCCUAAGCUUCAUUUACUUCUUACAUUUCUUUUUUCAAACCAAAUUAAAAUUGCAGCCGGUUCAAACCAUACAAAUUCUGAAGCGCACAGACUUAACAAACAGUAUCGAAUCAAUUUGCUUCCUUGAGCAAGAGACUCGGAAUCGGAGGUCCAUGAACGAAGUAAGGCGUAAACCAAACUGGUUUCUGAUCCCCACCUACACCUAACGUCACGAUGGUUUACCUUAAAUCUCGUUUUGCGAAUAUGAUAUUGAAACAACUCUGGAAGGCAUCUUAUUCAAUUUCUCCUUCCCACAAAAUAAGUAUAUAGGUGACAGGCAGUUCUGCGAGCAAUACGUAUUGUGUGGUUCCAUAGUUGCCUAAGAAUUACGUCAAUCGAUACGCUUAUUUUGAGGUGUGGUGCAGUUGGUAAAGAAUCUCAUCUCAUGCAGUUUAUAAAGUUAUAAUACAAAGUCAUUGGGAAUCGGCUCCUAUGGUGCAGCUCAAAUAAUUGAUACAAUCAUCAUUUCAGUGGUCAUGACUGUUUUACUUAUCCAAUUUCAAUAAAUUUGACGAGAUAGUUAAGUAUUUAUUCUUGAGAUUCGGAUCAAAAAUAACGACCAGAACAACAGCUUAGCUUCGAAUCAUGAAACACUUUGUCACGACAGACAAUCACAGAUAUGUAUGUAUAUUCCUACCAUAUUGUAGUCUAUCAAAAAAAAUCAACACCUCACGAUUGGAACAAAUCAACCGAAGGCAAACAUUUCGCAUAUGAGUGGUCACGAUUCUACGAAGCAUAACGAAACACAUCAUCAACAACUGUUGAAAAAAAAAACAUCUUCGCUUAACCAUGACCUAUGCUCGGUAGUGUGAAUUCAUCCACCGCCGUUCGUUUUGCUGUUUUGCGACUGUGUGCAUCCCAUCUGUUCCAAUUGUGCUCGAUUGCUACUUCUGUUGGCAAGGUGCUGAUUUAAUUUUAGAUCUUUGCUUUUUCUUCCCGUCUGAAAAAAAGUUCUUUGCAAUCACACUUUGCUUCAUGGUGUCCUUUUUGUUUCACUAAAAUCAGUUUGUAAGUCUAUCGUUGAGAGUACACAAUAAACUUCAAUCAUACCUGCACCUGUUGUCUUACAACGUUUAUAGUACACACUUUAUCGUUGCCCAUGUCCGUUUUUAUGUGUCAUAAAAUCAAGUUGCCCCAGAGCCGUUAUCGAUCCUGCAAAAUCUAAUGAACCAUGUUUUUCGUUUACACUGUACUACACUACAUCUUCAUUCUUAUUCUACUUACACAUGGUUCUGUCUUGUGCUUCUAUAGAUAGUUAUUGCUCAUGUUGAACAUAAUGCUAUGUACCACGAUGUCUAAUGAGCCCAAACAUUUUUAUUCUGCUUUAGUUUUUUUUGGUUAACUUUUAAUCUUUAUUCUGUAAUAACAAUCGGUGAUUCACAACUAGCCAACGUCAGAAGUAAGUUGAAAGAAAAAAAAAACGAUAAAACUAAAUAAAAGAUGAUGAUUUAGUUUCUAUCAUUUAACUAAACUAAGUAGCCGUAUGUAUCCAGAAAAUCUAAUGAUAAAAUCAUCUGCAUUGAUAUUCAAGAGAGGUGCCUGAUAACAAACAUUUCAACUUCUUCUUGGCGUAGCGUCCCCAAUGGAACAGAAUCUGCUUCUCUUUUUAGUGUUCUAUGCGCACUUCCACAGUUAAUAACAGAGAGCUUCCUCUACCAAUGACUAUUUUGCAUAUAUAUAGUGUGGCAGGCACGAAAGUACUCUAUACUCAAGGAAAUUUCUAUUGCGAAAAGUUUGUGGACCGGCAGGAAAUCGAACUCAGCACCCUUAGCGUGGUCUUCAGAUGCCUUGAAUACAUAAAUACCACGCCUUUACAGCGUUCAUACCUGUAAUCUUAAUUCCUUUAACACAUUCCUUUAUGUAUUUACAAAUUCUGAACCGAGAUCGAUUUUUUUAACAUUAAUUCAAAACUAAUUUAGUAAUCCUUUUCUUUUUACUUCUCAGCUUAGUGUUCUUCGAGCACUUCCACAGUUCUUUGUCAAUGAUAAUUUUACUAUUCGUAUAACGCGUGACAGGCACCAAUAUACCGCAUAACUCAGGAAGUCAUGGGAAUAUGUAUUACAAAAAGUUUGUAGACCAACCGGGAAUCGAUCCCUAAAACCCUCAACAUGGCGUGUUUGCCGCUUUGGUCAUAGAACAUGCAAGACUAUCUGGCAUCAAACUUCGUUUACAACCUCCAUAGUGAAGUCAUCCUGUAAUUUUACAAAAAUAUAUAUGAAUGUGAAUGAAUGUUGAAUACGAACAAUGUGUAGAGCGGAGCCGCGAAACACCACCGUACUGGACACCCCAAGUAACAAUCAGCAUGCCUUGAAGGUUUAUUGAUGUUUUAUCCUGGUUUUGUACGAGCAUGUGAAAAAGCUAGUUGUUAUAAAUUAGUUUUAUGUAGUAGUUUUUUACUUUGCACCUUUGGCGUUCCAUAAAACUAUCAUAUAAAUUCUGCUAUAAACAUCUUCAGUUAAAGACUUGCAAAUAGCCAUGAAUUGGUUUUAUCACUUAUUAUAUACCAUUUCAAUAAAACUUGCAUUUGCGGUUGUUGUCGGCGGUUUUUUUUGUAAACAAAUACACAAAACUGUGAGGCAAUGCAUAAAACCAACAAAAGAUCUCGUGGCCGUAAAAAUGUUGUAAUAAAACCGCUAGUUCUAUCAUGAGCUCAGUUAUGACCUCCUCAGGAGGGUAUGCCCUAUUAGAGGAUCACAGAGUUUUAUCAGAAAAAUAUGUCGCCUUUGCUCGCCAUGUAUCACUGCUCAGAGGGAAUGAUUCUCUCGCAAUCCGCCGGAAGCACACUCAAAAACUGCCAUCGUUGCAUAGACGAGAAGUGUGAAUUCACAAGAGAUGGUCGCGAUUAUUCGCAGCACUGGUUUAGAUUCAGUAUGUAGUACUAUCAGUUUUUCAAAUAGUCAUCGCUAGAACCAGAAACUGGCUAAAAAGCCGUUUCCCUUCCUUCCAAUUUCCGCAGCACAGUAUCAAUCGAUCAUAUAACACCCACCAGUUAUGUAACCAAGUGAACUGUGCCACAUUGUCUUCACAGUAAUCAACACAAGCAGCCUCCAUUUGUUACGUAAAGCUUAAGCCAGCAUUUUUAACCCCCUUCGUAACGCUUCAUACUAAAUAUCCAUACUAAAAUCCAAUAUUUUUGUAUGGGCCGUAACGUUCGAUCGUAAUCUCCCUUUCUCGUUGACCGUUACGUAAUCUUUAGCACUUUACGCCUGGCAGCCUCAUAUCAAUGCGUAGCAAAAAUGCUCAUUUCCCAACCAACAACACUCCAAAAUCCGCAUGAUCUUAUGCAGACGCAAAGGGCUCAACGGUAAAAGUGGUAAACCUGCGUUUACUACAUUUCGUACUUUCAUACUUUUGUUUCGUACUUCGUAUGAAUAAAACAAGUAUACUACACUACACUUCCGAACAUACUACAAGCAAAGCAUUCGGUAUAAAAUUAGUAUUUAUUACAAGUUUCGAGAACAAGUAUUAGAGGCAGGGUGUCCAUCCAUCCGGGAAAUACGGGAAAACCGGGAAAAACCCGGGAAUUCGAAACCACCGGGAAAAAUAUGGGAAAAACACGGGAAAUUGUAGAAGGCACCGGGAAAAAUCUUUAUGGUGUCUAUCUGUACUUCAUAAGUGUCAAGCAAGUCUUGAAUAGAAUUUUUUAGAAAGGCAGCCUCAGGAAUUUUAGUAGUUUCUGUUGGAUCUUGAUAAAUUCAUAUAAAAUAAUUAAAAAUAUACUUCUUAGGCGAAAUUUUCAAAUUUCUGCAAGAUUUCACGAUGAACUUUUUGAGUCUUGUUAGGAAAAUCGGAAUUCCUGGCGAACUCAGUAAACCUGCAGAAGUUACUUACGGCGAAGAGAUUUUCACGUUUGAGAAAAAGUGUCAGUUUCUGGAAGGAUUCUGGUGACAUUCUUAGUGGAACUGCCAGAUCCGUUAAAUUUUAUCCCUUUGGCAGAAGUCAAGGAGUACAGAGGCGUCUCGUGACCUGUAGAGCUGACUGUGCACUUGAAAAGUUUUCACAAUGGACUGUAGUGCAAAUGGAAAACAUCAGGAACCUGCACUCCGCUCGAUAAACUCCUUUGUUGUUUCAAUUGAUUAAACAGGGGGUGUCUACCGCCAUCAGUACAGGCCUCUUCAGCCUUUGCUCGCCCAUUGCAACCGAAGAUAUGUCCUUAUCUUUGAAACUUUUUUCCAAAAAAAAAAAAAAUAACUCAUUAAUCGGCUGGACUUUAUUUAAAUGGGAGAAACGAGAGUAGACAUUGCCCACCAAUUGUUUAGGUUUUUUUUUUCGGAAUAGCUUUUGAACUUCGAGGAAUCAACUCAGAAGUGGAUAACUGACACUGAGGAAGAAGUGGAACAACCAUUGCACAGUUAUGGGUCGCUCUGUAACAAUUAUUAGUCAGUCAGUUCUCCAUGCCAUUCAAAUGGAAUUGACCCGUGUGAUUGAGCUAUGACUGUGAUCGAAAUACGCAUAUCUGUCCAAGGAGAUAUGCAUUAGAGGGCGGAUUUAAAAGUACAAAUCUGAGCACACUCUCGAAGAGGUUAUUCUGCUUAAAGCGUUCGAGAAGUCCUCAAUUGACCGCCUGGCAAACGAAUUGCGGGAGUAGAUUGUCUACGAUAUUAUGCUGCAUUUUCCCUUGAAUGUUGCAGGAAAAUGAAACUGUACGCGACGCGCAACUAGAGCUGAAUGAAAAUUCCACGCAUUUAGGUCCACUCAAAACCAUGCACGCAUGCCGAAAGAGUGACUGGGCGGCUACCGCUUCGCUCUUUCUCCGCGUGGCUCUCUUGCUAAAGCAUAUACCGUAGCUCAAAUGCGACGUUGCCAAACUUAGCAGCUGCCCCGCGAGCGCAAGCAAACAAUCUUCCCUUUCCUCCACCACCGAUGAGGCCCACGUCCAUUGGAAGAAGUGAACCAAAAUUUUACUAAUACAUUGCCAAUGCAGCACAGAACAGUUCAGCACAAGUAAACUUAGUUCUUGUAUGCAUAUACAGUGCUCCCGUGUACUGCUAGACGUGAACUGAGGCGAGAUGUAUUUUGGCGAUGCUCUCACAUGUGCGCUUCGCAUGCUUCGGCGUCGAGCACUCUGGCAGCGGCUGGGUGGUGGCACAGUGAGAUAAGGUGGGGAAAUUGACUAGAUUCCUAAUGAAUACGUACUGAUAUCUCACACUGAUUUGUUCACUAAAAGUUGUGAACAUCAAAAGGGUCGAAUGAAGAGUUUAUAAAUUAUAAUGAUUUAUUUAAUUUUUUGUCAACUGUGUAGUGCACGCAGUGGACCUAUGGACGAGACGCCACUGCAAGGAGAAAAUUAUUGAAAAACAGUGAUAUUGUGCCUAUCCGCUUCUGUACAGAAUUUCGGAGGAGCUUUAGGUAAAAUUCAAAUAAAAUUCUGAAGAGUAAGUACAACACUGUAAAUUACAGCGAAUUUAAAAAAAAAACUGCUCAUAAAAGACUCUCUGAUAAGAUCCCAUAAGAAAUUUCCUACAGACUUCCUUAGUAUAGUAGUAGAAUCCACAGAAGAAUCUUCUAUGGAAUCUGUGAAGAAAUGUUUCAAAAUGUUACUUCCUGGAAGCAUCACUCGGAUCCCCGGAAGAGUAUACAAUAGAAUCCCUGAUAUGUUUACGGCAAUAUUAGCCAAACGAAGCAUUUUCAAAGAUGUUGUAGGUACAACUUUCAUGAUUUUUUUGGCAGAACACAUGGAGUACUUCCUAAAGGAAGAAAUGUUGAAUGUCCUCAAGAUAUUAUUUAAUAUUGGAGAAGAACUCAAACGUUUUACUUCAAAAUUCAGAGAAAAUCGGUGUCAAAAGAUUUUGGAUUCAGCAAGUAAAUUAUUUAAAAUGACGAUGGAAGCAGAAAAAAAAGUUAGAUGAAGAUUUUCACAAAAUGUAGCAAAUAAUUGAUACAUUAAUUUCUAAAGUCCAGGUUUACCAAAAAUGUUUCGAUAUUUAUCUACCGAUUUUUUUAUGAUAUUCAACAAAAAUGUCGUGAAAAAAUCAGACACAGUGACAUCAGUUUCAAUAAUAUUUUCAUAUACAGGGGAUACUCAAAAUAACUGGGACAGGUAAAAUGUUCACUUUUAAAAAAGUGUUCAACUCGCUGUAACUUUUCGAAAAGGACAUCAAAUAUUCUCAAUUUUUUACUGUAAGCUUAUCAACUAGUUGUGUAUCAGUGGUUCAAAUUUAAAAAAGAUCGAGCCAUUCUACACGAAGUUAUAAAGAUUCUAGGAAAAGGUAUAAAUAUCCGAUAGCCAACUUUGAGCUGUUAUAUCUCCGGAUUCAAUGAACCGAAUGCAAUGAAAUUUUGACCAUUGAAGACUUAUAUAAUGAACUCUGGAAAACAUUUGACUUUACUUGAAAUUUUUAACAAGAAAAAAAGUUAUAGCGAUUUUAUUUUUUCCACGAUUUUUUAGUAAAUUUAUCUAUUUUUCAUGUGCAUCCCAUUACUUUUUCAAUUUAAUGCCGACUAUUUGGUAGCAUUCCUUUCAAACAUAAAUGUAUUCAAGUCAAUUAGAGGGAAUUGAAAUAAACUAUAAUUACUAUCUCGAUUUUUGAAACGAUGAUGAAGUUUUGGAUAAAUUGGUGUUAUAUUAGAAAAAUAAUCUAAUUAUUAUAAUUUUCCUUCGAGUAAAGAAUUUUAAGUUUUGUCAAAAGUUUUUAAUAGCUUAUUAUAUAAGUCAUAAAUGAUCAAAAUUUCAUUGCAUUCGGUUCAUUGAAUCCGGAGAUAUAACAGCUCAAAGUUGGCUAUCGUAUAAUUAUACCUUUUUCUAGAACCUUUAUAACUUCGUGUAGAAUAGCCCGAUCUUUUCAAAAAUUUGACCACUGAUACACAACUAGUUGAUGAACUUGCUGUAAAAAUUUGAGAAUAUUUGAUGCCUUUUUCGAAAAGUUACAGCGAGUUGAACAUUUUUUGAAAAGUGAAAAUUUUACCUGUCCCAGUUAUUUUGAGUAUCCCCUGUA